CUGCCAAUGGAUCUUAUCUGCCUUUAAUACUAAACACUACACAUGCGUUAAGUUAUACCCAAGCAGUAUGACAUGACCUGGAAUCAGAGCAAUGUAAAAGUUAUUAUAUUAACAGUUGUUUAGUGCAACUACUGAUCUUAUUUACUUCAAAAUGACAUCAAGCAGGACCAUACUGGAUAUAUCAAGAGAGUCCUAUUGUAUAUAUGGCAAGGAGCAGAAUAAGGAUGGACUACUGUUACCAGCAAUUGUACGCAAAGAAGCAUUCUAUGAUCUAAAAUCACUUGAGGUUCAGAGCGAUGAUAUAUUCUUAGUGACGUUCAUGAGGUCUGGAAGCCAUUUUGCAGGGGAGCUGAUGCAACUAAUCCAGAAUAAUGGAGAUUGUGAUAAACUAAGGAACAUCCACAUCCAUCAGAGAUUAUUCACAGCAACCUUUAGCCCAGAAUGGGUGUUUGGAGAAGGUAUAACUGGACCUUUGGAUGCAGGAUCAAACCCUUUAAUAUCAUUAGCAGCCAAACCAUCACCAUGCAUGAUACACACACAUGCCUCUUAUGAAUUCUGGCCUGACCAAGUAAAGCAAGGAAAAUGUAAGGUAGUUGUAAUGGUAAGAAACCCGAAGUCUGUAUAUACCAGCAACUAUCACAUGAUACAAGGCAUGGCGAGUGUACCCGGUGGGUUGUUUGAAAGGAAACCAACAUGGGAUGAGUAUUUUGCUGCAUUCAUAGAAAAUAAAAGUACUUUAGUGCCAUUUGGGACUUGGUUUGACUUCUACAGUACCAUAUGGAAACAUAGAAAGGAUGUUCAAGUACAUUUUCUCAACUAUGAGACCAUGGUUAAGGAUAUGCCCAAAGCAAUAAGAGAACUUGCGACCUUUCUUGAAAAGUCAUUCUCUGAAGAGACAAUUGCGAAGAUGUGCCAACACCUCUCAUUUGAAGAGUUCAAGAAGAACCCUUCUACAGGGAAGGCAUUUGAAGCAAUGAAAGGAUCACUGGGGGAAAAUGCAUCACACAUGAGGAAAGGUACAAUAGAUGAUUGGAAGAAUAUGUUUACAGUAGCACAAAGUGAGGCAUUUGACAAACUAUAUGAUGAAGUGAUGGCUGGUACAGAAUUCCCACAACCCAAAUAUGAAUAAACUUGAAAUUAUUUGCUGAUAUGUCAAGAACAGAAAUUCAAAACCCCUAAUACAU